UCAGAGGAGGCGGGGAGCGCCUGCGACUGCGCGUGCUUAAAGCGCUCGGAGCAGAAACCGAGCGAGCGGCCUGAGCAACCCCAGCCUGUGACACCACCUGGACCACGCGCCACUACAGCUUUCCCGGCAUGGAGGGCGAAUGCCGGGUGCUCUCCAUCCAGAGCCAUGUUGUCCGUGGCUACGUGGGUAACAGAGCGGCCAUGUUCCCUCUGCAGGUUUUGGGAUUUGAGGUUGAUGCCGUGAACUCUGUGCAGUUUUCAAACCACACAGGCUACGCCCAUUGGAAGGGCCAGGUGCUGAAGUCCCAGGAACUUCAUGAGCUAUACGAGGGUCUCAAGGUGAACGAUGUCAAUAAAUAUGACUACGUGCUCACUGGUUACACGAGAGACAAGUCUUUCCUGGCCAUGGUAGUGGACAUUGUGCGGGAGCUGAAGCAACAGAACUCUCACCUUGUGUAUGUGUGUGACCCUGUGAUGGGCGACAAGUGGAAUGGGGAAGGCUCCAUGUAUGUUCCCCAGGACCUCCUUCCCGUGUACAGGGACAAAGUGGUACCCGUGGCUGACAUCAUCACUCCCAACCAGUUUGAGGCUGAGUUGCUGAGUGGCAGAAAAAUCCACAGCCAAGAAGAAGCCUUCGAGGUGAUGGACUUGCUGCACUGUAUGGGUCCCGACACUGUGGUCAUCACCAGCUCUGACCUGCCCUCCUCACAGGGCAGCGACUACCUGAUCGCGCUGGGCAGCCAGAGGAUGCGGAAACCUGACGGCUCCACGGUGACCCAGCGCAUCCGGAUGGAGAUGCGCAAGGUGGAAGCUGUCUUCGUGGGCACUGGGGACCUCUUCGCUGCCAUGCUUCUGGCGUGGACACACAAGCACCCGGACAAUCUCAAGGUGGCCUGUGAGAAAACAGUGUCUGCUAUGCAGCACGUCCUACAGAGGACCAUCCGGUGUGCAAAAGCUGAAGCAGGAGAAGGACAGAAGCCCAGCCCGGCUCAGCUGGAGCUGAGGAUGGUCCAGAGCAAAAGGGACAUCGAGGACCCCGAGAUUGUCGUGCAGGCCACAGUGCUGUGAGGACCACGCACAUUCGCCCCGACACACAGCCAGCUGAGGUGUCCGUCUCCAUCCCUGUGAAAAGCUGUAACGUCUGCCUUAGAGCCAUGACUGAAACUCGACAUCCGUGUUCCUUCCCGAGAGUCGAGUCUCAGCCAGUCUCUAGCGUGAAAAUGUGCCAUUGUGCUAUUUUUUUAAAAAAUGACAAAGCCGUCGUAGAAAUAUGUGAUUCACAACCACGGUCCCUUCCCCAAAGGCCCUGGGCCUCUGACUGCCUCAUGUUGCCUCAUAGGUAUGUGGAAGGUAGGUGGAGGAGACCAGCCUGCUGCCUCUGGACCUUUCUGUUGGUCACUGGCUGCCCAUUGCCCCCUGUGUAUACACAGACCUGAUCAUGUAUAGACUCUGCCUGUGUCGGCGCUGUCUUUAAAAUGGGGUUAGGUCUUAACCGUUGGCAUCGGAAGAAUUAUGCCAAAUAUCUUCUUUGCCAUUCUGGUCUUUCCCUUGUUCCUGCAUUAGAGUUUCUGUGUCUCUGCUGCUCUUUGGGUGUCCCAGAAUGUCCCAUGAAUGCAGCUGCUGGUCUGCGAGGGAGGGUUUCAUAUCCCCAUGCUUGCACACAAGCAUGUGGUCACUGUGACAGGGACCUUUUAAGGAACGGGAACAUUCCAGGAGAUCUGCAAGCCACCUGGGUGUCUGCAAGGUCUCCUGUAACUUCGGAGCAAAUCCUAAGAAGUUGACCAACAUGGGUUUGAGCUGCUGAGUGCAGGGCAGCUUGGGAGUUCAGGGAAGUUUGCCUCACUGGGCUUUUUUUUUUUUUUUGGUUUUUGAUUUUUGAGACAGGGUUUCUCUGUGUAGCCCUGGCUG